AACUUGAAAGUUAAAAGGUAGAGCAGAGCUGCGACUGAAACCAAAAUAGUAAAUAGAGGAAAAAGAAACAAGAAGAAGAAAAAGCAUGGCCGCAAAGCCCGGUUCAGCUCCGGUAACGUAUUCGCCGAAUCUUGGCCAAAAAACUCGCCCCCCUAUUUUCAAAGACAACGAUCUCGAUUGGGUCCGACCUGAUGGCCGUGGCUUCCACCAGUGCCGACCAGCAUUUUUCAGGACAGGUGCAGUAAAUUCUGCUUCCGGAUCUGCUUAUGCAGAGCUUGGGAGUACCAAAGUCAUUGUAUCUGUAUUUGGGCCAAGAGAAAGUAAGAAAGCAAUGAUGUACAGUGAUACUGGGAGAUUAAAUUGUAAUGUCAGCUAUACAACAUUUGCCACUCCAGUUCGAGGACAGGGAUCGGAUCACAAAGAGUUUUCGUCAAUGCUUCAUAAAGCUUUGGAAGGUGCAAUAAUGUUGGAAACAUUCCCCAAGACCACUGUGGAUGUUUUUGCAUUGGUGUUGGAAUCUGGGGGCAGUGAUCUUCCUGUGGUGAUAUCAUGUGCUAGUCUUGCCCUUGCAGAUGCGGGGAUCAUGAUGUAUGACCUUGUUGCUGCAGUUUCUGUGUCCUGUCUAGGGAAAAACCUUGUGAUUGAUCCUGUUCUCGAAGAGGAAAGCUACCAAGAUGGAAGCUUAAUGCUUACAUGUAUGCCUUCUCGUUAUGAGGUCACUCAACUAACAUUUACAGGAGAAUGGUCAACCCCAGAUAUUAAUGAGGCAAUGCAGCUUUGCCUUGAUGCUUGCAAUAAGCUUGGUAAAGUGAUGAGGACAUGCUUGAAGGAAGCCGCGUCUGGCUCACAAGAGUAGAAACCAAAGAAGAUGUAUAUUUCUAAUUUUGUUUUCAUUAUACAAUCUUUCUUUCUUUUUACGUUUUGACCUUUCCUUUUUAACGAGAAUUUUGUAACUGAGUUUAUUUUCCCCCAUUUCAGAUAUUAUUCAUCUUUUAUUCCAAGUUGAGAAAAAAAAAUCUAUCGCAUGAGCUGAAGUUUGAAGUGGAA